AACUAUGGUAAUAAAAUAGCACUAGCUCGACAACUUCACGCCGUCGAUUCGCACGACUGUCAACGGAGCUUUCGAAAAUGCGCUGGAAGACGCGCGCCGAUUUUGCUCUGUGAAUGUGACUUGGACUUGGCUGCGGGAGAGUCGUGGAAUCAUGUGGCCGAUGCGGCCAGAGAUGACUCGCGACGAGUGCAGGAAGUGCCUACGAUAUCUCGAAUUAGAUGCUUAUGGAAGUAUGGUCUCUGUCCUGCGAGCUCAAGGCCCUUUUACUAGUGAGAAACAGAAAUUGUUACAAGAACUUGCUAAAGUAUUACAUAUUUCUAAUGAAAGACAUCGUGCUGAAGUACGGAGAGCUGUAAAUGAUGAAAAGCUUGCAACAAUUGCAGAACAACUUAAUGGUCCGAAUACUGGUACGGAUUGGACUCUAGAAGGUCGCAGAACUAUUCCUCUUUUGCCAAGGUUAAAGGCGCGAUCUGCCUUUACAGCAUUAGCAAAUAGCUUGUCUCUUACAACUGCAAUUGCAAACGAGAAGCUAGAUAGAUGCAAUACUAUUAGUCAAUCUGGGAACUUGACAGCUGCUGAAACUGAAUCUCAUUCUAAAAUGAAAAUGGAAGAAAAUUUAUCUACUGAUGCAAAAUUGAACAGCUUUGAAAAUGAGUUCAAUGAUUUGAGUAGAACCUUACAGGAAAAUUCAAAUUUGACUGAAAAUGAGAGGAUAGAUAACAAAGAUGUCGUUGGUAAAAUUAAUGAGAAGAAAUUUUCUCUGAAACGUAAAUCUCCUUCCCCUUUGCCGACGGCACCACCAAAUAAAGUUUUAAUAGUAUCUGAAUCACCAAACCAUACUUUGUGGACCUCUGAAAAUAAGCAAGCAUCAGAAGUAUUACAAGUAACCAAACAUCAAAAUUUUGCGUUAAUUACGGUUACUGGUAACGAGAUCUUAGAUUCGAACGAAAACACAGCAGUGUCAGAACACCUAAACGAAUGCACUGUAGUUCCAUUAAACAAACCUAUAGUUGCUACAACAACUUCCGUAUAUACAAGCAAUGCCAACAAUCCUAAGACGGUAGUAAGCACUGAGCAGAAAAUCAGUACAAAAGUAGUACCGGAAAUAUCCAAUGAUGUAUCCGAUAAUACAAAUAAGUUGCAUUCUACAAGUAAAGAAAUGCAAAAUAGCACGUAUAGCAUACAGAAAAUCCAAGUAUCUGACGAUAUUAGUUCAAAUUUAUCAUGCGUGAAGAGCUCGGUGACACCAAUCAUACAAAAUACUAACGUAUCGAGUUCUCGGCUUACGCAAUCAGUGCCUGUGUAUCCUGGUACUACAGUAUCGAGUGGCCCUGGGCCACCUCAAGUUAAACAAGUUCCCAUAGCAUUAAUGUGUAAGAAACUGCCAUCCGAACAAAUUGUAAACUUUGAUCAUCAAUCCACUGCCAAAACGGUAAAUGGUAUUUUUCCCAAGAAAGUUGUAAAUAUGCCUCAUUAUACUAAUACUAAAUUAAAUAAGACUAACGUGAUUGUCAUCCAGAAAGCAAAAGCUGUAACACUAUCACAUGCAGGCAAGGAAGUACUGGGGAAAGUAAUAAUGGGAGGAAAGAAUCUAUGCGUUACGAGCCAACAUAAUGCGAAUUCGAUCAAUGUUCAACCCCAUCAUAUUUCUCUGAAUAAUGGAGAUCAAAUAAAGACUAUACUACCGACUGCAAACUCGCCACAAAAUAUUGAAUCUGUUAAAACGAAUAUAAAGUCUGGAAAAGCAGCGGUUGUGUCUGUGGUCACGCGUUUACGACACGACGUUCCGGAGAACAAGGUUCUCUCACAGCUUUUCGACUCGCCCGCUAUUGUUAAUAUUGAACCCAAAACUGUGAUACAAGAUGCAAACGCACGCUUGCCAAAUGAAGAAUGCAAUAGCGACAAAAAUACGAUUGAUCGCGAGUCGUCUCUGAAAGUAGAUUCCGCGAUUACUUCUAUAGUGGAAGAAAAACAGCAUAAAACAAAAAAUGAUAUUGUCGCGAGCAUGAAUUCUCAAAUCAACCUGCUAGAUCCGAAAUCGCCGGGCAGCAAAGAAAUACUCGUCAGGCCGAAGCAACUGCAAGAUAACAUUGAGGGUAAUAUUCGAGUAGAAAAAUCCGAUGAGGACGCAAAUAUACUUAACACAAAAACAUUUGAAUUGACGAAAAAUCUGCAAAACUUCCAGUACCUAAUGAACAAUGAUGAAAAUUGCGAUUUGGAGAAAUCAUCAAGAUCGUUGGUAACCGUAAAUCAGAUAGACGAGCAUGGUGACUCGUAACAAUUAAGGAUCUCGUAUUUCACAUUACGUAUUUCGUAAUCAUCAUUGCACGACGGCAAGGCUGAUAUUUUCGUUCCGAAAGCAUACUGAUAUAAUUAUCAUCUAUAAAUAUAUAUCCGUAUGUUUAUAUUUAUAUGUGUAUAUUUUAUAUUCGUAUGCCUAUGUUCACUCUUUAUAAGAUUUCAAAAGGAUUGAAAAUAAUCGAUAUCUCAUCGUUAUAUAUGCAGAACAAAUAGGAUAAUUUAAUCAUUUGUAAAAAUCUGACUUCCAAU